AUGUCCUUGGCGCGCGAGGCUGUAACGCAGCGGAGCGAGCCGCCAGUGAGCGCCACAGCUGCGCUUCCUGUGGCCUUUGAGUCUGCUGCCCCCACCCUUCCCGCACAGCACAUCCAGGCAUUGGUCGCUGUCUUUGACCUCGCCCGCGAGGCUCGGGCGUCAUCAACCCGCGUCUCCGGCCACCUCCCGGGCGCACACACUCUCGCCUCCUCGCCUACCUCUGACACCACACACGCCUACACCACCUCUUCGCCGGUUCUGACUGCCUGCUAUGCUGCCACUCGUGCUGGUACGGUGGCAGUGGUCGCGACGGCCGAGGACCGCGGAGCAGCGCUGGUGAGAGUCAUCGACCUGCGCUCAGGCCUCCUCCUCGGCGCUGUCGAACUGCCUGAGACAGUCACUGCUCUGGCGCACCUGGCGGAUCCGCGGCAGAUGGUCCGCUGGCAAAACAUGGCCAAGGCCAAGCGCGUCGCAUCGCUUGCUCCGUUUCUCGCUUCAGACCACGUCGACGCCCUCAUCGCCGUCGGCACCAACUCGGGGCGUGUCAUCCUCGUUGACGUGACCCAACUCGUGACGGCACGCGGCGCUAUUGUGACGCUCGACGAGCUCCCUCAUUUUGAGCUUGACUCCCAGAUGACCGACGGAAACUGCGCGGCUGGCGCUCGCUUCGCCGCAUCGCGUGCUGCCGUCUCGGCGCUUGCUGUCCUGCCCGUCGCCGGUGUCAUUGCCGCCGGCUACUGCCACGGUGGCUACAUGCUGCUCUCGGUCUUUACCGGGGAGGCAGUCAUCGUCUCGGACGACGACUCGGUCGCGGACCUGCUCGGCGCCGACUCCCUUCCCCCUGUCUCCGGCUUUGUCGCCCAGCAGCUCGACGACGACGUCAAAGUUGUGGUCUGGAUUGCACGCUCGUCACUUGCGCUCACCCCGGCGCUCGCCGAGGCUGUCCCGCCGAUGGCGCUCCCGACGCGCGGCGUCAUUACGCGCCACUUUCUGGAGGUCACUCUUGGCCGCGGCCGCCACACUGUUUCGUCGUCCGGCUCGGGCGACGAGCUCGUCAUGUCGCGUGCCGGCGCCGCCGACCUGCCGCGCGCUGCCCGGCUUGUCGCCGCCACUCUCCUCGCCCGCGACGUGCCCGGCCGCGCACCCGGCAUGAUGCAGGCUGAUGAAGAGUCAGACUUGCUCACUGACAAGCCGUCUGAGCUAGGUCGUGUCGCCUUUCUGUGGGAAGAGUGGCGCAACGAGCGCUCGAGCCCACUGGUGGCAGCCGGCGAGCUUGUUGCCGUCGCGCACUCGCUCGAGUCCGAGGCACUGACCUGGCUCUCGACCCAGGGCAUCGAGCUCGACGCGCCGGUCCUUGCCGCCGCGCUCGAUGUCACAGCCACCGUCCACGGCGCACGCCUUGUGGCUGACCUCGAGCCUGAGACCGAGCUCGCCACGCUGGCGCUGGCGCUCGGCUACGACGUGCCGGCCGUCUCGGGUACCCAGUGGCAAACCGAGCUCGAGGCCUGGUCGUUUGGCUUCAAGCUGCUCACGGGCCAGACGCUGAGUGCGGUCCAGUUUGAGUCGGGCAAGGACCGGGUUCUCACCGAGCUGGCCUCGAGCGGGCCGACUGCCCUCGCCCAUCCGACUCCGUGCUACACCGCCGCCAAGGUUGCCGGCCUCCUCCCAGUCUCGCAGCUCGACGUCCGUCGCGAGAACAACGAGGACUACCAGCGCGCCCAUCUGCUCUCGCUCAUCCUCGAGUCAAAUCUCGUCGGCGUCAUCUGCCAGUACAUAUCGGCAGAGGAGACCGCGUACGCCGGCGCCGAGCCGAGCUACGUCCUCGGCAACCCGGCCGCGGUGCUCGCCUGGGCCUCGUCGUACUUUGACGCCGUCUCGGCUGCUCUCGACGCACUCACCGUCGCCCUCUACGCGGAGCCGGCCAGCUAUCCCAAGAAGGUCCUACUCUCGGUCCUUGAGACUGCUUUUACCCGCCUCGGUGGCCUGUUCUCGGUCAUCGGUGCGCUGCAGGCCCGAGUCGACGACUCGCUCGAGGCCGCCGAGUCGGCUGCACUCCUCGCACACAAGAUCAACUCGAUUCUGCAAGUCUCACAGCACCUCGAGCUCCUCAUCUGGUUUGUCAAGAACGACCUCCUUGCCCCCCAGGCAUGCACCAGCGGAAAGCUCCGGGCCACCCUCGCCGCCCGCCGCGACGCUGCUGCUCCGCGCGCUCUCUUUGUCGAUCGCCUCGUCGCCGAGCUUUGCCUCCCGCGCUCAGCCUACCCGCCGUCGUCGACCGGCGACCUGCUCUCGCAGCUCUUUCUCGACGGCUCUGCGGCUCAGGUACUCGACAAGCGAUCGCUCGUCCUAGUCUUCCUCCUCGACCUCGGCGUCGCGGCUGCACUCGUCGACCGCUUUGCCGCCGCCUUUAUGAUUCCCGAAGGCGAGCGCGAUCGGCUCCGUGGCGAGUGGGCGCUCGACAAGGCCGUGGCUCCCAGCUCGAGCGCCGAGCCUGUUCACGACGCUCUCGCCAAGCUCACGCUCAGCCACGUUCGCCUCCGUGUGCCGAACGAGGUCCUCGCCGCCUUUCUCGCCGCCGACGCGCCGGCCGCAGCCCUCACCUUUAUGCGCCGCGUCUCGCCACCGCUCGAGUCGGUGACCCACAUGCAGACCCGGAUCCGCGUCCUUGCCCUCAACGGCUGUCUGGAGGAGGCAUUUGUCGCCGUCCGCAACUUUGCGCUCAUGUCGCUCGGCUACGAGGCGUCGCGACUGCAGAUCCUGCUGCACACGCUCCUGCAGUGCGCCUCCGACCGCAAGUGCCUCGCCAACCUCAUCAAGCUCCCGCUCAACAAGGCCGAAGAGCGUGUCACCUUUGCAUGGCUCCUCUCCUCGCCCGUCGUCCUCCACGCCGACCUCGUCCUCAUGUACCUCUUCCAACGCGGCCGCCUCAUCGAGGCCCUGCAGCUCUUUGCCUGGCUUGGUGAGCGCGAGGGCAUCAGCCCCGAGCAGGCCGCGCUCCGCGAGCGGCUCGCCCUCAACUAUGCAGCCACACUGCCCGAGGCCCUCUCCGACCUCGCCGCCCUUCCCAAGCUCCCGCUCGGCAUGACUCGCGCCGACAUUUCCGCCGCCCGCGAGCCCCUCCCUGCCGCCCAGGCCACCGUCGCGUCACCGACAUCGCCGACCUCGCCGGCUUUUGCUGCCUUUGCCUCUGGCGCCUCUGUCAGCAGCCGCGCCUUUUCGGCCCCGCCGACCACCCCGCGCGCGCGGAAGCAGCCGACCGUCCGCCACACAGCCAAGGCCAUCACCUUUCCCACCGCCGAGCCCGAGAUCACUGGCCCGGUCCGUGCUCCGGUCGAGCCUCUCGCCACACCGCCGGCCAAGACUGCGCCUGCGCCUGCGGCGCGGCUGCUUUCCAGCGCAGCGCGGGCGUCGUUCAUGUCGCCGGCUAUGGUCCGCCGCCUCGGCUCGGGAGCCAAGCCGCUGUCGAUCAUCUCUACCCCCGAGCUUGCCCCGCCCUCAGGUGCGCUCUCGGUGACCGAGGUCGAGGCGCCGGCGGCCGAGACGGCGUCGCCGACGUUUGGCACGCCGCUGGCCACCCGCGAGCUCGGCGCCCGCGAGACGAGCCCGCCCGCGGGCGCCCGGGGCUCGCCGGCCAGCUCCCUCAUCGGCCGCGACGGCGGCGCGCCGCGGCUCCGGCGGAUGGCGCUCCUUUCGGAGCUCGCAUCGCCGGCCAGCGGUGGCGCCCGGGUCUCGCCAGCCAUCCGCCGGGUGCCUGUCCGCGCCUCGCCAGCCACGCCGCUCCCGACGGUCCCGCGGCAGUUUGCACUCGCCACACCACCGUCGAUCGGCCCGCUGGUCGGUCGAACCCGGUCCGACGUCGCGUCAGCGCUCGCUUCAGAGCCGCAGCGCAAGAAGCGCAAGACCGUCGGCUUUGCCGCUUCCGCUGCCUCACCGCACGGUUCUGUUCUUGCCGGCCGCAUCCAGACGCCCGGCAAGCGCGGCGGCGGCGUGCACGCCCGCACUGCUGCACCCGCCGACUCGGGCGGCCGCCAGGCUAUGGACGAGGGCGAGAGUGAGGGCGAGGCCAACGCAAGCGAAGCGCACGGUAGCCAAGACGACAACAGCAGCAGUGGCAACGUCGCCGUCGACGACGAUGACGACGACGACCGCGAAAUGGCUCGCCUCGUCGCCAUGCAGAGUGGACCGUCACCGGCCGUCCACCGCGGGCGGUCGGCCAUGGACAUCGCGGAGACCGGCAGCGCCGGAAACGCGGCCUCGCCAUCGUUUGCCGCGUUUGCCGCCUUCAAGUCCGACUCGCCGACGAGCAAGCCGCAGCUUCCGUCACCAAUGUCGUCGCCGUCGACGCCCGCGCUGCGGCGGUCGCGCCGGACGCGCAAGCCGCGGACUCCGCUUAACGUCAACUCGUUUGCCGCCAACGCCAGUGGUGAUGAUGGCGGUGACGGUGACGGUGACCUCGCGCUCGUCGAGCCUGACAACGCCCUCUCGCCUUCGCCACCCAAGCCUGCACCUCGCGCCAACCGCUCCACCCGUGUCCGCAAGCCCUCGGCGCUCACCAAGGGUGUCCGCAACGAACGGCGCCGGCUCAACACCUUUGGAAGGGUCUGCGCCAAGUUUGACGCCUUUGAGGCUGCGCUCGAGGCGGAGCGCGAGACAAACGCCGCCAGAGCGGUCAUGGUUAGCGGAACCGACUCGGAAGGCGCCAGCGGAUAUGGCCUACUAGGUGCAGAAGCCGGAGACGAUGCCACGAGCUGCGAAUCGGGAGGAUCGGGAAACUUGCAAGUUCCGCGCGGAGCGCUGGCGGCCAUCAAGCUCGCGCCACUCUCGCCCAACACACAGAACAAGGUGAAGCAGAUUGUCAAGGAGAACAACCGGGACAUCCGAGCGCUCCGCAAGCAAAAGAAGCGGGCGAUGAAGGAGGCCCGCAGAAAGGCGCGCGCCCUGCGGAAGGUCAAGAGUCUGGAGGGCGAUGACGAGCUCGAGGCCGAGGUUGCUCCCGCCAGCGAGCAGCAAGAGGCGGCGGCGGUGGCGACUGAUGCGCAGGCGGCGGUGGUGGCGGCCGAAGAGCUGAACAAAGCCAUGCGCGAUGCGGUGGCAGUUGCAGAUGCGCACAUGACGGCGGCGGGUGUGUCCCAGGCCACCGAGCCGGUGCAGGGCAAACGGCACCGGCAUCCGCCGCGGGCGCAGCUUGCACAUCGGGCCCCGCGGCGAUAUCGCCAGCGGGGGCUGGUGGCGAGGCCAGAAGCCGGAUCAGCGCCAGUGGCGCCGCGCAGCGUGCGGGCGUAA